GAAAUCAUAACCUUACGAUCAGAGCUCCAAUGAUGAACCUAAGUUCCUAUUCCGACCCACACAACAACCGACAUACAUCGUUCUUCAUAGAGGAUAUUCUAUUGAACAAACCAAAGCGUCUGCAGGUUCGAGAUUACCAGAAUUUGGGAUUGGGUCGGUCACAUUUCUCGGACUAUGGUACGGCGGCAGCAGCAGCGGCGGCGGCAGCAGCAGCUUACCCAUAUUCAGUACAUCAUGCUGCGGCCGCCGCUGCUGCUCUGUUACCGCACCAAGUGAUCGCUGCACAGAACCAACUUUAUAUACCGCGGGCCGCAACUGAGCAGAGUUUCUUGGUUCCUACAACAGGGUUCCCGUUGCCGCCAUUAUUCCAACAUGACGUAAACGGAGGAAAACAGUGUAGACGGAGGAAAGCUAGGACUGUCUUCAGUGACCAGCAGCUGAAUGGCCUGGAGAAGAGGUUCGAAGCCCAGCGGUACCUGUCCACACCAGAGAGAGUGGAACUCGCUUCGCAGCUCAGUUUGUCGGAAACCCAGGUGAAAACAUGGUUCCAGAACAGGAGAAUGAAACACAAAAAGAUGCAGAGAAAAGUGCACGAGGAUCACGAGAUGCGCAAAACUUCGAAAUCAACAGAACCGGGUAACCACACGGCUACAUCGAGUUGCAACCGGAAGCAGUCGGGUCUCGAUGACUUGACAUUGGUUUCGGUGGAUGCUGAAGUGGACGUUGAUUCGGAAAUGGAUAGUUCCCGGGAACUCAGCCACCAUGGGGAUCCUUGUUCAGACAUUGAUACCGUUGAAAUCAACGUAGUGGACACGGACGCAGCUCGCUACCGGAGAGCCCUCUUAAAUAGCUGAUUCUACUGGCCUUGCUGUGUUGGCUUGGCGGCACACAUCAGCGACAGACAUAACGAAAAGAGAAACAAUGUGACAGAGGCGGAAAGAGAGAAGGGGAGAUUGAAAAGACAGAGAAAGAGACAGGAGAGAGAGACAGACAGACAAACAGACAGAUUGACAUGCAGACAUACAGACAUCAGACAGACAAACUGAUAAACUGAGAAAACAAAAGUGAGAGAGAGGGUAUAGAGAAGAGUAAGUGAGAGAUAAUCAGAUUGACAGAGAAAAAGGAGGAAAGCAAGACAAAAGAAAGAAAAUAAGAAAGUGAUAGAAAUGAAGACCAUUAUUAUUAUUAUUAUUAUUAUUAUUAUUUAUUAUUAUUAUUAUUAUUAUUAUUAUUACGACUACCACCACCCCCACCACUAUAAUUACUAUUAUUUAUCUUUAUUAAUAUUAUUCUGUGCUCAAAUAGAGUCAAGAAACAAUCUUUUGUUUUACAUUCUUUUAUUCUUUCUGAGGAAGGGUUGGAAACUAUGGAACCAGUAAAACACUAGAGUCGAUUCUAAUGACUUUACUUGGUUUCAUUAUACAUACACACACACACAUAUACACACACACACACAUAUAUUUAUUAUAUAUGGACAAAAAGAAAACUAAAUUGGUUUUGUACCAAAAAUAUUAUAUAUUAUUAUUAUUAUUAUUAUUAUUAUCAUUUUAACAUCAAUUCAUUAUUAUUCUGGUGCAUGCGCAGUGGUGCGGCGGUAAGUUCUGAACAAAAAAGUAACAACACUGUACCUUGCGUUCGCAAAACAAAAAAUGCUCUCGGUGGGUGAAAGGGACAAAUUAUAGAAACACAUCACAUAAAGUUUGCGAGCGCAGUUAAGCAUGAACAUCAUUAAAUCUCACUCACACACACACACACACACACACACACACACACAUUCCAUAUUUUAUUAACCUCAAGGGUCUUGUGCCUACAUAUUAAAGAAAACAUGAUUUUUUUUAAAAAUCAAACGAGAAACUAUAAGAAAUUAUAUGUAAAGACAUAUUUCCAAGCAGUCGAGGCAGCGUCACAUUUUCCAUUCUCGAUUGAAACCAUUUCACAUCACAUGUGUAACUAAUGCUUCUUUUGUUCGUUUCUGUCCUUGUUUGUUUAUUUCUAUGUUUGCGUGUGUGCGCGCGCGCGCGUGUGUGUGUGUGUGUGUGUGUGUGUGUGUGUGUGUGUGUGCGUGUGUGUGUGUUUUUGUUGUUUUGGUGAGCGGGGAAAGUUGAAAGCAUUGAACGCUACAACAUCACGAAUCCCACUCAAAACGAGGCCUUUUUAUGCCUCGACCAGUGAAAGGAAGAAAAGAAGAACAAACAGCAGCCGUUUUCAUUUUGAAACUUAAAAUUGAAUGAAAGAUAAUUAAUCAAAUAAAUAAAAACCGAUAUAAAACUGAAAUAGAACCGAAAUAAAAGCGAAAUAAAGACAAUGGAAAACCAAUUUGGGGAAACUUCAACAAAAAUGACUCCCAAAAAUCUUU